AUACGUGUUGUUUUGUGCAAUAUACCUUACAGGAAUGCUUAUUUUGUGUUAGUUUAGAUUCAGUAGUUGUGUUUUGAAGUAAAAACAUUAGAAAAUGCCAGUUUCUUCAAACUUGAAGGUUAAUUAAAAGUUAACUCCAACGUGGUGUGUAUCUGUAACGCGCCAUUGUCAGAUGAUGUUUUGUUUUGGACUGAGUGUGAGGAUUUAUACCAUAAAAAGGUUUUAGAAACUUUUAUACCGAAGAUGAUAGAUGCUCUUUGAGUUCGAUCAUAAUUGAAGAUGUUAUGACAAUUGAGCUUGAUAAAGAUGAGGAUCCAGUGUCAGUCAAAAAAAAUAGUGGAAGUCAACAGUCUUUAACUUCUGUUGAGACAAGUACAGUUGAUACUAAGGUGAAUAAACUUAUGGAAAAGAAGAAAGUAGGUAAAAGAAAGAAAACAACAUUUCAAAGAGCUAAAAAACAGAAAUCCUAUCAACUGGAGAAACCAAGCAGAAAUCCGAUCACUAUUUCGUGCACAGAAGUUAAAAGAUCUCAUAAUAUUUCGUCUCCUAUGAAUAAGAAUGUUUUACAUUCUCAAAAAUUAAGCACAAAAUCAAGCACAACUGUUGAUAAAGAAGUUGAAGAACUAACUAGUACUUUACCUGAUGGCUGGUGUUCAGAGCCACGCCAAAAGUCUCGCAAACAAAAUGGCAAAGUAGAUUUUUAUUUGUAUAGUCCUGAUGGAGUAACAAUAAGUUCAAGAUUAGAAUUAGCUUCAUAUCUUAAAAAAAUCAAAUCUACACUUUCCGUUGGUGAUUUUUAUGUGAGAAAAAUCAUAGUUCCUGAAGAAAUAGAUCAGAAAAUUGAACUUCCAUGUAACGAUCAUUCCACUGAUAUUAAAGAGGAAGCUCUACUGGAGCAUGAAACGGUUAAACAUCCACAAAAGAUUUCAAGAGCAAAAUGGAAUAAGUUUAGAAGAAAUGUAUUUUCAAUGCAAAAAUCAUCAAAUGGUGCCGAUUCUGAAAAUAAUGGAAUCGGCAAAAGUGACAGUAUUGAACAUUCCAAUGGUGUUAGUCAAGUUCUUCCCGUGCAAGUUAGUCCAGUAAAAUGUGCUGAAUCUCCAUCAAGCCGACCACGUAGAUCUAUAAUUCGCAAGUCUGCCUUUGAGUUACUUAAUUUACCCAGAAAGCUUAAUAUUGAAGAAAAAAAUGUGAACCAGGAAGAAGUUCUUCAGCACGUUUUAGCAGAAGAAAAAGUAGAAGAGUCACAAUUGGGUCAUUCUACUCAGAUUGAAGAAUCUAGCAAAGACAUCGCUAAGAAUUGUACCGAACAUAAAGACCUAUCUGCAGCUAAACUAUCAACGGAAACUGAUGCAGAAAAAGAAAGUAUUCAGCAGUCAUCUAUUGUUAAAACUCAAAAAAAGAAAAUCAUAAGUUCAUCUUUAGUGAAGCAGUCUAGCCAAAAUCAAAAAAAGAAACUUGGAAUUAGUUCACUCAAGAAAAGAUCUAAAAUAAAUUCUUCAGGGAAUUUACCUGAUGGCUGGAAAACAGAAGCUAUUCAGCGUAAGUCUGGGAAAACUGCUGGAAAAGUUGAUGUUUAUAUCGUAAGCCCUGAAGGUAUUAAAUUUCGGUGCAAGCGUGAUUUGGCUGCAUUUUUGAAGAAUUCUAAAUCAUCACUUAAUGUGGACAGUUUUAGUUUCAGUACAAAGUUGUAUUCAUAAGAAAAUGUUUGACGUUCUAUUUGAACUGACUUUUUAAAUGUUUUUUUAAACAUAUAUAUUUUUUAAAAAAUUUACCUUUUCUUAAAUUUCCAAAUAAAGUGAAUGCUGUUCGGUAAUUUCAUAAAAAAGCAAAUCAUAUUACUUAAGGUCAAACAGUUAAAAGAAUGGACAAAAGAUAAAACCUAUUUAAUAUGGAAUUUUGUUUUAUGUAUAAUUAUUUUUUAAACCAUUUCACUGUUUUUAUCAUUUGUUGAACUUUCAAAUAAAUUGAAUGCUGUAAGGUAAUUUCAUAAUAGGUAAUGUCAAACAGUUUAUAGAAGUGGCAAUUGAUAAAAUCUACUUAAAAUUGGAAUUUUAUGAGUUUUUGUUAAAUAUUUUUAAAACAUUUCACAAUUUAAUUGCAUAUUGAAUUACAAAUAGAUUAAAUACUGUGAGAUAGUUGCUUAAAGGAUCAUUUCCUAAUAAUUAAUGUUAAACAUUUUAUAGAUGAUGCAGAAAAAAAAAUCUUGUUAAGAUAAAAUUAUUUUUAUUUCAUUUUUUUAUUUGCUGUUUUUAUAAUAUGUUGAAUUCUCAUAUUGGUUGAAAGAUGCAUGGUUAACGCAAAAAAGAACAUUUCCUACUUACUUAGAGGAAACCUGCUUUGUCAAAAUUUUUAUUUUUGAGCAUUAAUCUAUUUUAAAACACGUUACUGCUUUUAUCAUUUGUUGAACUUUCAAAUAGAUUCAGUUCUGUAUGAAAAUUCCAUAAAGGAUCAUUUCCUACUAAGAGUUUAUUAGUCAUGCAAAAGAGAAACCCUGCCUAAUCAGGGAUUUUAAUUUGGGUUUUAUGUAUUCUAAAAACAUUUUGCCAUUAUUCAUGUGGAAUUUUCAAAGCGAUUGAAUGGUGUAAAACAAAUGUAAUGAAACAUCCUAAUAGUUAAGGUUUAAAUGGUUUAUAGGUGGUGCAAAAAAAAAAGGAAAUUUAUUAUACUUUUAAUUUAUUUUUAUUGUAUGUUAAAUUCUCAUGUAUACUGAAAGAUGUAACAUACUUUUUAAAAAGAAUAUUUUCUACUAUCUAAUAUUAGUCAUUCAAAAAGAGAAAACCUGUCUAAUCCAGAAUUUAGUUUUGUCUUUAUUAUAUUUUAAAAACAAUUUAUUAUUCUUAUUUCAUGUGGAGUUUUCAGAUAGAUUGAACAGUGUAAGGCAGCUGUGUAAUGAUUUUUUUUUUUUUUGAUUAAGCUAUUAAACAGUUUGUAGAAGAUAAGAAAAAGAAAUUUUAAUUUAGAAUUUUACUAUACUUUUAAUUUACUGAUUUUAUUGCAUGUUGAAUUUUCAUGUAGAUUGAAAGAUGUAAGAUGAUUUCCAAAAAAAAAGAAAACAUUUCCUACUGAGGGAACAGAAUGGAAGUCAUUUCUAAACAGAAAACCUGCUUAGUCUGGAAUUUUAUUUUUAUGUCUUUUUAUGAUGUUUUUAAAAUAUGUUAUUGUUUUUAUUUCAUGUGAUAUUUUCCAGUAGAUUAAAUGGUGUAAGAUGAAGCAGAAGCGGAAACCUGGGCCGUUUCCGCUAGGAUUAGUUUCAUUUUCAUCUAAGGCUAAUUUUAUGUUAUUUUUGCUGUGUAAUUUAAACACUUUUUUUAUUUUAAAGUAAUAAUUCAAUAAAAACUUUAUAUCUAUGUUGUGAAAUUUCUUUAU